AAAAAGUGAAAGAUUUUGUCAAACUUAUCGGUUUAAGUACGACAAAAAAUAAAUAGUGCACGCGUCAGGAUGUCAUUGGUUAUCAAGCCUCCUUCUUCUUGCGUGAGUUUUCUUUUCCUUCGCUUCUGAAUCUCUCAACCGCAACAACUAGGGUCCAACACCAAGGAGACAGGAACCAAAUCUUGAUCUUAAUAAAUAGAUAUUCUUCAAAUCCUUCAAAAAUUUUCGAUUUUUUCUAUUUUAGGUUGAUCUUUUCAAAUUUUCUCCUCUUCAUUUUAGGGUUCGUCCGAGUUUUCAUUUAUCACAUCACAUCAUAUUGUUCAUUGUUGAAAAAGAAUAAACCCUUUUUGAAAAUCAAUUCGACUUCAACAAUUUUUAUCGUUGAUUCAUUCUUAUGGUUUGAUUACUUCUGGGGAUUAAACAUUGAUGCAGCGGAAUUACUUUUAUCUGCAAUCAAACCUGUCUAAUCUUUACCUUUUUAAUAAUUCUUUUACUUUGGAAUUGAUGGUAAUCAGUUGACAUCGUAAAAUUUGUUAAUUUUGGUUUGGUAUAGAAUUAUGAGUGAUGACAAUCAAUUUCUGAUUGGUUUUUAAUGAGCAUCUUAUAAAAUAAGGAAGAAAUAAGAAAAUUUAAUGUUCUUGAUUCAGUAGGCCAGGGAACAUAGAUUUGGAAUUGAAUUUAGGAUUGGCUUUGAUUUCAUGAAGUUGAUUUAGAAAUUUUUAAGCUUUAGCUUAUAGAUUUUUAGCUCAGCUCUUAUGAUUUGAUUUUGUUGCUUCUACUGGCUGAUAAUUGCAUCUGAUAAGUCAAUGAGUUCAACUGUUUCGACAUCUCAAGGGUUUGUUCCAUCGUCAAGGUUUGGUGCCUAUCAAUUCUCAAACUCUGGAACUUCUGGUCCUUUUGAUAAGGUGGAGCCUCCUAACAAUGAUGGUGAUGAUACAGAAUUGUUGAGUGUAUCCUGGAAUCAGGAUUAUACAUGUUUUGCUGCAGGUACUAGUUCUGGUUUCCGUAUAUAUAAUUGUGAUCCAUUUAAGGAAACAUUCAGACGAGAUCUUAAAAAUGGAGGUUUUGGCAUUGUCGAGAUGCUUUUCCGUUGUAAUAUCUUGGCACUGGUUGGUGGUGGCAUGGAUUCUCAAUACUCUUCAAAUAAGGUUAUGAUUUGGGAUGAUCAUCAGAGUCGAUGCAUUGGUGAGUUUUCUUUUAGGUCGGAGGUUCGUGCUGUGAAGUUGAGAAGGGAUCACAUUGUUGUUGUGUUGGAGCACAAGGUUUACGUUUAUAACUUCUUGGAUUUGAAACUACUUCAUCAGUUUGAAACAAUAGCUAAUCCUAGGGGGCUGUGUUGUCUCUCACACCAUGUAAAUACAUUUGUCCUGGCUUGCCCAGGUCGUCGCAGAGGGCAAGUUAGGGUUGAACAUUUUGGACUCCAUGUUACAAAGAUAAUAAAUGCCCAUGAAUCUCGCCUGGCAUGCUUUGCUUUAACAUUAGAUGGAUUGGUUCUUGCAACAGCUAGUACGAAGGGAACACUCAUAAGAGUUUUUAAUACAAUGGAUGGUACUUGCUUGCAGGAGGUUCGUAGAGGGACAGAAAAGGCUGAUAUAUAUGAUAUUUCAUUCUCUCAAAAUGUUCAAUGGUUGGCUGUUUCGAGUGAUAGGGGCACUAUUCAUAUAUUUAGUCUGAGAGUUCGAGUAGCGGGAGAAGAUGAAUCAGCUCGACUUUUUUCUACACCAGGAUUGGUGCAUCAGAAUUCUUCAUCUUCUCUUGACCCUCUGAUUUCUCAUACGGCUGGUGCUAAUCCUAGUUUAUCACUUCCGUUUGUAAAAGGAGUGCUUCCCAAAUAUUUUAGUUCAGAGUGGUCAUUUGCUCGGUUUCACUUGCCGGAGAAUACUCGAUGCAUUGUUGCAUUUGGAUCCCACAAUACUGUCAUUGUGGUAGGCUUGGAUGGAAGUUUUUACAGGUGCCGUUUUGAUCCCAACAAUGGAGGGGUGAUGUCUCAGCAGGAAUAUGUUCGCUUUCUCAAAACUGGCGGUAAUGCAAGGUAGCUUAACUAAAGCAAAGUAGAGGUGGGUUCUCGGCUGCCAUUAAAUUUCAACUGCUAUCUGUAGAUAAUCCUAUAAAUGUUAUAUUCAAAGUUGGAACAUGAAGCUGUUUGUUGAUGCUGUAUAUAUAUGUACGUUCCAUGAACUUGAAUCACAUGUGAUUGUUUUACAAGUUUAACUAUUAUGUAAAGAGAUGAUGACGGACAGCUGCAAGUUGUAAAAUCCUCGUGAUGUCUUCAUUUUUCUAUCCCUCAGAUUCAGACUCAAACUCAGAUUCAGAUUUUUUGUUGUAUUAGGCAAUAAAAGUAGGUUGAAUGAAUUUGUUUGGACAAUAUUGUGGCACUUAUUUGACUGGGUUGAGCUCAGUGCUCUGCGAUUUCUGGUUAUUUGUCCCAAGAGUGAACCUACUCUGCCUCUUUUGAAUCUUUGUGCUCAACACUCAACAUCGUCUUUGUUGAUCUAGACACCGAUGUGUUUUAUGACCAUGGAUUUAUUUGUAUUUCACCAUGAAUAAUCCUGCCGAUAAGAACGCAAAAAGAUAAUUGUAAAGGAUCAACAAUUUACUCUUGAA